AUGGGUCCAAAAGUGUCCAGGUCCAGGGCACUGGGUCUGGCUCCAGCUCAGGGGGAGUUUCGACCGGAGCCAUUCAUCCUUCUGCUCCUACAGCACAGAAUGGCCUCCGACUCCAUGGAGAUUGACGAUUCACUUUACAGCCGUCAGCGCUAUGUGCUGGGAGACCACGCCAUGCAGCAGAUGGCUCGCUCCUCUGUGUUUCUUAGUGGAAUGGGAGGACUUGGGGUUGAAAUUGCAAAAAAUAUUGUCCUGGCUGGUGUUAAGGCCAUCACAAUCCAUGAUACAAAGCAAUGUGAAACAUGGGAUCUGGGGUCUAACUUUUUCAUUCACAAAGAUGAUGUCUCCUGUCAGAGAAAGAGGGUAGAAGCAGUGUGUCCGCGGGUUGCUGAGUUGAAUCCCUAUGUGCAUGUAGACAUGUCAUCCUCAUCAUUAGAUGAUAAUACUGAUCUAAGCUUUCUCAGAAAGUACCAGUGUAUUAUACUGACAGAAGCCAGGUUACACCUUCAAAUAAGAAUAAAUGACUACUGCCACGCCCAGUCACCUCCUAUCAGGUUUAUUGGUUGUGAUACCUAUGGCAUUUGCGCAAGAGUGUUUUGUGAUUUUGGUGAAGAAUUUGAAGUUUCUGAUUCCACUGGAGAAGAGCCUAAAGAAAUAUUUAUCCAAAGUAUUACACAGGACAACCCAGGUGUGGUUACGUGUAUGGACAACCACCCACAUGGCCUGGAAACGGGGCAGUGUGUGAUCUUUAGAGAGGUCUAUGGCAUGGACCAACUUAAUGAUACCAUACGAAAGAUUUCAGUCCUUUCACCUCAUAGUUUCACAAUAGGAGACACAACUCUACUAUGUCCAUAUGCACAUGGUGGUUUUGUGGUGCUGGUCAAAACUCCAAAAAUGUACACAUUUGAAACAAUGGAGAAACAGCUUUGUGAUCCUCAGGUUGUUAUCCCAGAUUUGAGCAAGCCAGAGGCACCUCUGCAAAUUCAUGUUGCCAUGUUGGCCUUGGACAAUUUUCAGCAACAACAUGGCCGACUCCCAGACAUCAAGCAUUUGCAAGAUACUGACAUUUUAAGGAAGUUAACUGAAGAAGUUAGUUCUACUUUGACAAACAAGCCUCCUCUAAAUUCUGAGUUAAUUCGAUGUUUGGCAAGAACAGCUAAAGGAGUCCUACCUCCUCUCGCAGCAGCUGUCGGAGGGCUUGCCAGUCAGGAGGCUUUGAAAGCCAUUACAGGAAAGUUUGCACCUCUUCAGCAGUGGUUUUAUAUUGAUGCCGUGGAAGUAGUCAGUCCAUUGCAGUCUGUACCUGUAGAAGAGUUUUAUCCGAGAGGAGACCGGUACGACGGAUUACGAGCUUGCAUUGGUGAAUCAUUGAGUCUGGAACUACAAAAGCUCAGAGUGUUUAUGGUGGGAUGUGGCGCAAUUGGAUGCGAGAUGCUAAAGAACUUUGCUCUGCUUGGAGUUGGACUUGGUAAAUGUUCCGGAGAGGUUAUCAUCACUGACCCUGAUUUGAUAGAAAAGUCCAAUCUCAAUCGGCAAUUUCUUUUCCGGCCACAUCAUAUUCAGAAACCGAAGAGUACAACAGCAGCCGAAGCAACACUAGAUAUUAACCCGGACUUGCAGAUCGAUGCUCAUCUCAACAAAGUGUGUCCAGCGACUGAGGGGAUCUACAGUGACUCCUUCUUCUCCGAUUUGAAUAUAGUGGUGACUGCUUUAGACAAUGUGGAGGCUCGCAGAUAUGUGGAUAGCCGCUGUCUGUCAAAUCAAAAAGCACUUCUGGACUCUGGUACUAUGGGCACUAAAGGUCACACAGAGAUAAUUUUGCCAAAUUUAACAGAGUCCUACAACAGCCAUAGGGACCCCCCAGAAGAAGAAAUUCCAUUCUGUACACUCAAGUCUUUCCCUUCCGUUAUAGAGCACACCAUCCAAUGGGCAAGAGACAAGUUUGAGAAUGCAUUCACCCAUAAACCAUCCUUGUACAACUCAUUCUGGCAGUCCCACUGUUCAGCAGAAGCUGUCCUUCAGAGGAUGAGGGCCGGAGAAAGUCUGGAGGGUUCCUUCCAGGUCAUGAAGUUGUUGAGUAGAAGGCCAGGCCGUUGGGAGCUGUGCAUUUCCAUUGCUCGUCUGAAAUUUGAGAAGUAUUUCAAAAUAAAGGCCCUUCAGCUUCUGCACUCCUUUCCUCUGGACACAAGGUUAAAAGAUGGAAGCUUAUUUUGGCAGUCCCCAAAACGUCCCCCAGCACCUAUUGACUUUGAUUUGCAAGAUCCGUUGCACUUUGCUUUCAUUGUCAGCACAGCUCGACUUUAUGCUGAGAUUUACAAUAUUCCCUACACUGAAAAGGAUCUUUCUGAAGAGGUUGUUGGUAAAAUCCUCUCAGGUGUGGCUGUUCCACAGUAUCAGCCAACAGACAAGAGUAUAGUGACGGAUGAGACUGCUAAAAAAACUGAGAUUAAAUUGGCAACAAGCAGUGAAGAUGAGAGGGAGGCCAUUGAACAGCUGGAGAAAGCCAUUGCGACCAAUGGCAUCACACCAGAGACACUACAAAUGAUUUCAUUACAAUUUGAAAAGGAUGAUGACAGAAAUGGUCACCUGGACUUCGUCACAUCAGCAUCAGCUCUGAGAGCCAGAAUGUAUGCCAUUGAACCUGCAGACCGCUUUAAGACCAAGCGCAUCGCUGGAAAGAUUAUUCCUGCCAUUGCUACUGCAACAGCAGCUGUGGCAGGACUGGUGGCACUAGAGCUGAUAAAAGUGGUUGGAGGCUAUGGGUUUGAGUCUUUCAAAAACUGCUUCUUCAACUUGGCCAUCCCAGUCAUGGUGCUCACCGAACCAGCCCCCGUGAAGAAGACACUCAUUCGGAACAACAUCUACUUCUCUAUCUGGGAUUGUUGGACAGUUUUUGGACACCAUGAUUUUACUUUGUCAGACUUUAUGAAUGCAGUACGGGAAAAAUAUGGAAUUGAACCUACUAUGGUUGUAUAUGGAGUCAAGAUGUUAUAUGUGCCCGUCAUGCCUGGACACUCCAAAAGACUUAAGCUAACGAUGCAGAAACUUAUCAAGCCAUCAGCAGAGAGGCGCUAUGUUGAUCUCACAGUAUCUUUUGCACCAGAGACAGAAGGAGAGGAGGAUUUGCCUGGGCCUCCCAUCAGAUACUAUUUCAGCAGUGGUGGGGAAAAGCCCUGA